UCCCCGCCACCCGCAGCGCCUGCGGCGCCCCAAGCGGAACCAGAGCCCACAGCGCCCCUGGAGAAGGAAGUCAACGUCCUGGUGGGCUCGCAGGUCUGUCGAAACGUCAUUGUCUCGUAUGAGGCAGUAGUGCGGUGUACAAUUCGCACCAUGACUGGUGAAGAGGCCGGAGCGCCAACACUACGAGUACCUUUUAUACUCUCGCGGAACUCCCGCUACAUUGACAAGCUCAAUGCACAGACACCACCUGUAUUUGCAAUCGCCUCCAUGCACUAA